UGCAACCUGCCUAAUUCAGACGGAGAGAACGGGAGGGAUCGGAAAGACGUAGGGACAGACGGUCCCUUUUCAAAACAGGGAAAAUGGGUUUUAUCGCCCUUGCAACCAAGAGAAAAACAAUCUUCAGUGAAACCAGAACUCUUUAACUACGCGAAGGGCUUGAUCUGAUUCCGUUGAAUAAUUUUAUGCGUGAGUUCUUUGAAGUUUAAAAUGUGGGUGAUGGUGGUUUUGUCGAGAGCGAGGUCUCCCCUCCUGUUGUCCAGAACAAGAUGGCAGCAGUGCAGGCAAACUGAGCAUGGUAUGGGUACGCUAUAACUCCGUAGCUACAUGUUCAGAGAAGCCGUGGAUUCUAUCACUUGUUAUUGUGUGUGAAGGUAUGGCCUCACAAGUCUUAGUCUACCCACCACAUGUUUAUCAGACCCAGUCAAGUGCCUUUUGUAGAGUGAAGAAACUGAAAGUCGAGCCCAGCAGCUGCGUUUACCAUGAGAGAGCCCACCCGCGGACCUAUUUGAAUGGUAGAACCCUCGGCAUCGCCAAGCCCACCAAAAGCGUUUGUUCGUUUCAGACUAAGGACUCGACGGGCGCCAGACCCCGAGACGGGCCGGAGCUUCCGCCUCAGGCGGCGUCUUUGAGCGGCGCGCACCGCGAGCAGCAGCAGCCCCAGGAAGGGGCGGUCCCCUCGCAGGGCAAGGGGCGGAGCCUGCAGCAGGAGGGCGGGGAAGGCGGCAGCGGAGCCGCGAGAGAGCGAGGCGGAGACGGUGACCGGAGCAGCGGGGGAAGAGGGGGAGGGGGAGGAGGGGGAGGGGGCGGAGACAAGGCGGCGGACGAGGACGGCGGCGGCGGCGGCGGCGGCGCAGGUUUGAACUCGGCUCUCGGUCCACAGAGAUGCGGGCUGAAACGUAAGAGCGAGGAGUUGGACAGCCGGGAGAGCGCCAUGCAGAUAGUGGAGGACCUGUCCAUGUUGCCUGCAAUGUUGCAAACCAGUGUGGCCAACCCGGGGGCGGGGGUGGGCGUGGGGGCGGGAGCCGGGGUUGGGGGAGGGCCCUCUAAGCAGGGCGGGGCGGGGGGCGGGGACGGGGACUACCAGCUGGUGCAGCACGAGGUGCUGUGCUCCAUGAAGAACACUUACGAGGUUCUGGACUUCCUGGGCCGGGGGACUUUCGGCCAGGUGGUGAAGUGCUGGAAGCGGGGCACGAGCGAGGUGGUGGCCAUCAAGAUCCUGAAGAACCACCCGUCGUACGCGCGCCAGGGCCAGAUCGAGGUGGGCAUCCUGGCGCGCCUGAGCGGCGAGAACGCCGACGAGAACAACCUGGUGCGGGCCUUCGAGUGCUUCCAGCACCGCAGCCACACCUGCCUGGUGUUCGAGAUGCUGGAGCAGAACCUGUACGACUUCCUCAAGCAGAACAAGUUCAGCCCGCUGCCGCUCAAGGUGAUCCGGCCCGUGCUGCAGCAGGUGGCCACCGCGCUCAGGAAGCUGAAGAGCCUGGGCCUCAUCCACGCCGACCUCAAGCCCGAGAACAUCAUGCUGGUGGACCCCGUGCGCCAGCCCUACCGGGUCAAGGUCAUCGACUUCGGCUCGGCCAGCCACGUCUCCAAGGCCGUGUGCUCCACCUACCUGCAGUCGCGGUACUACAGAGCGCCAGAGAUAAUUUUGGGGUUGCCGUUUUGUGAAGCCAUAGACAUGUGGUCGCUGGGCUGCGUGAUCGCCGAGCUGUUCCUGGGCUGGCCGCUGUACCCCGGAGCGCUGGAGUACGAUCAGAUUCGCUACAUCUCUCAGACGCAGGGGCUGCCGGGCGAGCAGGUCCUGAACGCGGGGACGAAGACGGCCCGCUUCUUCUGCCGGGAGUCGGACUCCCCGUACGCGGCCUGGAGGCUGAAGACAACGGAGGAGCACGAGGCGGAGACAGGGAUGAAGUCAAAGGAAGCCAGGAAGUACAUCUUCAGCUGUUUGGAUGAUAUAGCGCAUGUGAACAUGGUGAUGAAUAUGGAAGGAAGUGACUCGAUGGCGGAGAAGGCGGACCGCGGAGAGUUUGUGGGCCUGCUGAAGAAGAUGUUGCUGAUCGACGCGGAGCAGAGGAUCGUCCCGGCCGAGGUCCUGGGCCACCCCUUUGUCAACAUGCAGCACCUCCUGGACUUCCCCCACAGCAACCACGUCAAAUCCUGCUUCCACAUCAUGGACCUGUGCAGGUUACGGCCCAGCGCCUACGACGUCCUCAACCGCAACAAGGCGCCGUUCAUGAGGCCCGUCGCCCCCGGCAACCCGGGCAACCUCCCCGUGGCCUUCAACAAGAUGGGCGCCGUUCACACUCAAGCGUUGGCGCCGUCCGCUCCCUCUGUGAUGCACCCUGGGAUACCGUUGCAGACAGGAAGUGCUCAGUUUGGGUGCAGUGACUCCUUUCAGCAAACGCUCAUCCUCUGCCCUCCUACUAUUCAAGGAAUCCCUCCCAACCCGAGCAAGCCUGCUGGCUAUGCCGUCAGGAUGGAGAACACUGUACCGCUGGUGACCCAAGCCCCGCCUGUUCAGCCCUUACAGAUACGACCGGGAGUCAUUCCACAGACAUGGUCCAACCGGGCCCAGCAGAUUCUGGUUCCAGCCUGGCAGCAGGUGGCGCAGGUGGCACCCCCGCCCACCACGCUGGCGUCGGACACUGUGGCCGGCCCACAGAGACUGGGGGACUGGAGCAAAAUGCGACCCCACGGCAACCAUUACGGCACCAUGAUGCCCCAGCCUCUUCUAGCCAACCAGAUGGGCAUGUCGGCCCAGCCAAUCAACAUCGGCAUCGCGCACGUUGUGUGGCCCCAGCCGCACGCUAACAAGAGGAGCAAGCCCUGUCAGAACAGAAGCAACAACUUCCUGCACAACACCAACGUCCAGAAUUCGGCAUGCCAGUCCCCGAAGAUACCGGACGCCGUGAAGGUCGCGAAGGAGCAGCCCUGCCCGGAGGCGGGGCCAGAGGCGGAGCCUGAGGCGCAGGAGCGGGAGAGGCGGAGCUACUGCAAGGCGGGGCAGGACCCUGAGGAGCUGACCGUAUCCCACAAGCAGCGGCAGACGGUGAUCAUCGCCGACUCGCCCAGCCCCGCCGGCAGCGUCAUCACCAUCAGCAGCGACACGGACGCCGAGGAGGAGGAGGAGAGCGGCCCGAGGCACUCGCUGGGGGAGUGCAAAGGCAGCCCGGACUGCGAGGCGUGUCAGAGCACCCUGAACAUGGAGCGCGUGUGCUCCCUCAGCAGCCCCGACAGCACCCUGAGCACCAGCUCCUCCGCCUCCGCGCAGUCCAGCCCCUCCCCCUGCAAGAGGCCCAACAGCAUGUCGGACGAGGAGCAGGAGAGCGGCUGCGACACGGUGGACGGCUCGCCGGCCUCGGACUCCUCGGGCCCGAACGAGAGCCCCUUCAUGGAGAGCCGCUACAUCAGCGACGGCAACCGGAACCGGGAGCCCCGCCCCGCCCGCAUCGCCCCGGCGACCGAGCCCCGCAAGCCCGCCGUGCGCACCAUGGUGGUCCCGCCCAUGCGAGUGCACAACAACAACUCCAUCGCCGACGAGCACGUGGUCAACACAGCCUUAGACUCCUCUUGCCAGUCCAAGGGGCGCUGCGGGCCCGGGCGUCAGAACCACCACUCCACCCCCCUCCUCAACCGCCAGCACAAGAUGACCUCGGCAUUCCAGCAGCAACACCUGGGCUUUGGGCAGGUCCAGCACUACGCCUCCUGCCACCAGGAGUGGAACGGAAACUACAGCCACCGGCGGCAGCAGGCCUACAUCCCGCCCACGGUGCACGGGCACACCUUCACCCUGCCCCAGGGCAGCCCCAACCACACUACGGCGCACCCGCCGCACCCGGCCCUGCUGCCGUACCCGCCCUCGGGGCCCCUGGUGACGGCCGCGCCCGUGGCCCACAUGCUGGCCUCGCCCUGCACCACGCGGCCCAUGCUGCCGCCCGCCUACGGCAUCUCGCACCCGGGCGGCAUCGUGCACCAGGUGACCGUGGGCAUCAACCACCGGCUGCUGCCCUCGCCCACCGUCCACCAGAGCCAGUUCAAGCCCCUCUUCCCGCCCCACUCCUACAUCGCCUCGCCCGCCUACGCCGGCUUCCCCCUCAGCCCCACCAAACUCAGCCAGUACCCCUACAUCUGAGCGGCGGGGCGACGGCGGGGGGGUGCGGCGGGCGCGCGGGCCACCACCCCCCCGCCCGCCGCCGGG